UUCAAUUUUGACAGUUGUAACCAGUGGUCAUCGUAUUUUUUAUACCUCCUUGCAGUUUGAUACCAAAAUAUUAGUUAUUUGCAAAGUGGUAUUACGUGUGCACGAUGAAAAUACGAUCCCACGCACUCCGGGAAAGGUGGAAUGCGGCCCGCUAGCAACGGCUGACAUGUCUACCCGAAGCGCGAGCGCGAUGCGCGCGCGCCGCGGCCACAAGGAGCGCUCCAAAAACUUCACCGAGCUCGAGAAGAGAACCGUUCUCGAGCUCAUCGCGCGCCACCGCGACGUGCUGCGCCAGGGCCGCUCCAACAACGCCACCAACCGCAGCAAACAGCUGGUGUGGUCGACGAUUUGCGAGGAGGUGAACAAACGCUGCGGCGGCGAGCGGCCGCGCACUCCCGCGCAGGUCAAGAUGUGGUACGAGAACUACAAGAAGAAGUGCAAGAUGCGCGCGCACGACACACAGCAAACCCAGGCAGAGGCGCCCGGCCUGCUCGACGGAAUGUUUUGGCAAAACAUACUUCCUUUAGACGUAAAAGAGGAAGAAGCCGAGGCGACGUUGAGUGUGGACGGAGCACACAGCGCCAAAGAUGACGACUGCCUGCCCGUUAACAUGUCAAACGGCCGACUCUCAAGCACGAACGAUAGCGACGACACGAUGCCCAACGUCCUCGAGCCCCAAGUCCAAAUAAUACCCCAUUCCUCCCCCACGCCCCCCCUCAAACCCCUUCCCAACCCCCUUUCUCUACCCCCCCACUUACCCCUCCUCCCCAACCCCUUACAAGUGAUCGAACAGGACCGAAUCCGGCAGAACCUAAUCCAAAAACUAAACGAGCUCUCAAACACACCUUUAAACUUAAGCCAUCUGGACGAUGACCGAAGAAAAAAUGGCCACGAAAAGAACCAGGACAAAGACGAAAUAAAACACGACUGCGGAUCGGCGACGGAAGAAGAAAGAUUGUAUUUCACAGCCAAAAGACAACACGCCAUCUGGGAACAUGAGGCGAAAAUGAAAAUCCUAAACAUGGAACUUCGUCAGAAGGAAGAAAUAUUCUCGCUGCAAAAACAACUCUUCCUCAUCGAGUUACGGCUCAAAAUGGACUUCCUGGAGAAGGCCGGCGCCAAGUAAGAUGUUUCUGAAAGUAUUUAUGACAAUAAAUUUGUUGUAAGUCACUCGUAAGUGAUAGGAUGGGCCUGAUGAGAGAUCUAUCUCGCGGUAAAGUCAGUGUGUCUCUUUUUAUCGAUAUACGAAGGAAAAAGACAGAAUAUGCAUGCAAAGACAAUUUUAGAAAGCAUCAAAAAAGUAUCAAAAUUGCUAUAUUUUAACCAGUAAAGAGGACAUACCGAACUUCAAAUAUCAGGCCCAGUAUACAUGCUUUAAGCAUAGUAUACACAUAUUCAAAGACCGUGAAUGAUUUGUUACAUUUGUCUCAAAUGUAUAGGGUUGCCAAUGCUGUGAUAUUUAUUUUGGCCUUGUGUUACAUAGAACUCAUCGUUAAGACAAUGUCAAAAUGUGAUAAGUAUUUUACUCGUAUUUUCAAAUAUUUCCUUUUUACAUGACCCUAAUUUUAUUUAGAAAACUACCAAAUGGUAUGUUUUUGUAAAUUGGCAACCCCGAAUGUAAUGAACGUGCAACAUCGAUUGGCCAAGGGCCAAGAAAUAAAAUACUUCAUCGACAUUAGUCACUCAUACGAUCUAGUUCAUUUAGUGCCAUCGGUUACUGUAGUUACCCAUUUUUUAAUGUUUAUUUUAACGCCACAGACCACUUAAUACUUCCAAAAUUGUAGUUUUUUAACAGAAACAGUAUAAUGGCAACAUUUUUUGCCUAUAAAGUACCCAAAUAAACAACUGUAUUUUUUUAAACUAAAACAAAUAAAAACUUUUUUACUCGUUCUAUUUUUUAAUAUUACGUGGUCUGUGAUUUAAGCUGUCUAUUUUUUAUUGCAAAUAAGUCAGUAUUGCGAAAGAUAUUUUUAAAUUACUUAUAUUUUGUUGAUUAUUUUAAUAACAAAAUGCGAUUUUCACCAUGCGUAUUUUAGCACGAUUUUUUGCCUUUUAUCUUUCGGUGCAAACAUAAUAUGUCUUGAUAGGUAAAAAUACCUGCUUAUUUUUAACAUUUACUCAGCUUGACGCAUCUGUCAAUGACACCUUGUCUUUGAUCAACCAAUCAGAAACAGGAAAAAUUGACAGCUGUCAAAUUACAUGGUGUUCGAAACACGAACUAUGUUAAUGACUAUAAAAAAGUUGAUUAAAUUGGUGCAAUUAUGUUGUUCUAAGUAUUGAAUAGGAAAUCGAAACAGCAAUAAGUAUUGUAGCUUUGUAUGUUACAUAAUCUGUAUGAUAUUUGUCUAUGGCCUUCUGUGUUGCCAAAUUAAAAAAUCUGAUUAUGACUUUUAAUGAAAAAGACUAAAUUGUCGUCUUAAAUUCGAAGUAAAGUAUUAUAACAUUUUUGUACCAGUGUUGUAUUGAUCGGAAAAUUGCAUGAUAAGAAUUAUUUUUUGAAACUUAUAUUUUGCAUAGCUUAUUUUUUAUGUUACUUUUUUAGUUGUAGAACACUUAAUAAGUUAAGAGCUUACUUUUAUAGUAUUAUAAAACUAUAAGGCAGCUAAAGCAUAAUUUUUAUUUAUAGAAAAGUAUAAAACUGCCAUAUUCUUUGAUUUUUUGCCCAUUUUAGGGUCAGUUUAGAAUCAAAAACAUUAUUUUUUUGGACUUUUUAAAACCCUUUUUAAUGCUUACGCGACUUCUUUAGUUUUUAUCACGUAAAAUAAUUUUAUUUUAAUCCAUUUUGUUAUAAUUUCUUUUGUUAGUACUUAGCAUCCUGGUGGACUUAAAAGAGCCCAUUUUUAGGGUCAUUGUACUUUUGACAGGUCGUGUCAUGUGUCAUAAUAUAUUAGCACUGCUAACAUACUAGUCGUAGUUACAUUUAUGUAGUUGUGUGAAGUGACAUACAACAAUACCUGUGUAUUUAUUAACUAUAGUAUUAUAUUUAUAGUACGCCGAACGCAUAGUAUUAAAGUAUUGACUACUUAUAAAAAUAUUUAUCAAAAUCGGUCUCUUUAGAUUUAUUUUCUUCAAAAGAAAAGUAUUUUAGUUAUAUAUGCGUUUGAUUUAUAUAUCCGUUGAUAUAAGUAUUCUUAACGCAGCCCCUGGACCGAUUUUGAUGCGGUUGUGUCCUUCACACAACUAUAUGCCAAGUCAGUGAUGUGCCAAUAAACGAAAACCAUUGUUAAAGUUAUUAUAAUAAAAUAUAUAGUUAUUACAUAUAUAAGGUAUAGUAAAUACGUAACCAUACGUAAAAUGUAGACAAAUGUUACGGAAAAAUAAAUUCGACAUAAUAUGAUAUUACUAGAUAUAUGAAUAAUAAUGUAGAACGAAAAAAUUGCAGUACAAAAUAAUAAUAAAAAAUAUACCUCAAACACACAGUGUAUUGUAUAUAAAUAGAUAAGUAGAUUAUAAAAUAAUAACGUUUUAGAACCGUUUUAUAUGGAGGCGUCUUACACCUUCAGUUUAUUCGCGCUCGGUUGCCAGGUUCAAAAAUAAUUUGUUUAAAAGCUUGGCAACCCUGGUGUAAGUACUGCAGAAACACUUUUUUUGGCUAAAUAUCUGUUUCCCAAGGCUGUAACAUAAAGUUAAUAUACCUAGCGGGAUAGAGCAACAAAGAACUGAGCGAGCGAGAUGUCACUAGCAGCAACACUGUGAUAAAAAGAGAUGCGUGAUGCAAACAACCGUUUUUUGCAACUAUUUGACAGUUUAGAGGCACUUAGUGGCACGCAGAAAAUUUAAACUCUUGAGAUAUUUUCAGAUUUUACGCGAGUGAAAUCGUGGAUGUUUAUGAGAAAUAGUGCUUCAAAAACAUGGUGACUGAUUCAGUGAUUGAUUUGUUGUAAAAAACAGUGAAAUAAUCCUGACAAGUGACAUCCAGUGUCAUCCAAAAUCGGUUUCGUUUGACAGCUCGUAGUUGUUGCUCUAUUCCGACGGAAUAUUAACUUUAUGGUCUGUAACUAUGUGCCAAUUGACACGUCUCAAGGCUGCGAUCAUAAUUUUUAAAGGCUCUGCCAAACCAACGCGUGCAGCUUGCGUGCGCGAUGGCGAUCACUGCGUGCAAAAGUUGUUCACAUUACCGUGAUCGCGUUUCAGACAUUUAGCAUGAGAAACGUCAAAAUAACAAGCGCGAUCUGUGGGUCUAGACAAAGUGCAAAUUAUAAUCGCAAACCAGUCGAAAAGCCCCUUUUUUGUAUGGAGUUUUGACGGAUUCGAUUUUCGAUUCGAUCAAAAAGUGCGUUUUGUCUAGGGGGCUGGCCCCCUAGACAAGUUGCAAAAUCUGACAGUUUUAAUGUCGAAAAAUGGUCGAAAGACCUUUUUUUGUAAAGAGUUUACAACGGAUUCGAUUCGAUCUAAAAGUGCUACUUGUCUAGACCUACAGCUCGCUAAUUGCCGCGGCCAUUGACAGGACGCGUUGAUCUGAACUCAUCGCUACAAAUUCAUACAAGUCUGAUCGCUAUCGCCACCGCGCACGCAGGGAACACGCGUUGCUUUGGCCGAGCCUUAAUAGUUGGAAUGUGAUGUGUUUGCGAUCUCACUACAGUUAUUUUUACCUCUGAUUGCGCUUUCAAUAAAAGAUAUUGUU